ACAGCUAGCUGAGCAGAUGCAAAGGAGAUUCAUUGGACUGGAACAUACACACUAGACAUUUAUUACACUGACAGACCAUCAAAGGGGACUGUGAUAUUGGAUAGGUGCACAGAACACAUACAGCCAGUUGUGCUCAAUCCGUUAGAUUUCAAAUUUUGAAGAUUACGGAACUGUUAUUUUUGUGUAAUCCAUUUGAUUUGAUACUUUUUUACAUUGGAAAUUCCAAAUCAUUUUUCAUUAAGUUCUAUGACUAUCAUAAUAAUCAGUGUAUUAAAGGACUUUCACCAAAAGGAGUUGACUGUUUUGUGUUAAACGUGAUGACAAGCCCUUGUGAUUUAAAAAAGAACAAACUAUUUGCUCGGAUUUUGAUUAAUAGCAGAAAUGGUUGUCUGGAAUACAUCUAUGGAUAUUGACAUUAGCUGGAUUUGUACAGCCAAUGACAUGUGUGAGGCGGAGGGCGUUUCCCGAGGAAGCAGGCCGACUGAGGCAGAGCGCGGGGUGGUGCGUCUCCGUAACGUAAUGCCGGAGAAGCUGACAACCUUCUGCAAGAUGCAUCUCUCAUUCCUUUUGGAGCUCGAUGGUCAUAAGCUGGAAGAGAUCUUCCACAACCCUGCAACCACCACUGAUCUGGAUGCCAACAAGAAGAAGGCCACCACUCCAUUCUCAAAGAAGAAAGAACGCAGUGCUAGCCCAACACCAUUGUCCAAGGACUUGGUGUGCGCCAUGAGCAAGCUGGUUGAGUAUCUCUCACGACCGGAGAGCCUCAAGACGGAAGGCAUCUUCCGCAAGACUGGAAACGUGUCCCGCCAGAGACUUCUCAAGGACUGGGUCCUGAGGGGCACCGGCGACUUCCACCUGGAUGAUGACACAUUCUCCCCCCAUGAUGUGGCCACAGUUCUCAAGCAGAUCCUCUCUGAGACGUCUGACCCACUUCUUACUCACCGACACUAUGAGGCCCAUCUCCAGAUUGCCGACAUGAGCAAGGUAUGCCUGUCAGAACGGGAGAAGAAGCGCGCCCUCGAGAAGCAGGUCAAGUCCCUUCAGCUUCUGAUGUUGCUGCUGCCAAGGGAGAACGCCGCCUUCCUCGAGACCCUCCUACAGCUGCUGCACCACACUGCAAUGUGUCCAGAGAACAAGAUGUCCGCUGCAUCCCUCGGGGUCGUGUUUGCACCGAGCCUCGUCUGUCCCCGCAAGCUCUCUGCUGAGGCCCUCCAGGGCGUUUCUGCGACCCUGAGCAAGGCUGUCACACUGAUGGUUGAGAACUCUGAGGCAAUCUUCAAGGUUCCACGUGAACUAGCAGCUGAUGUGGCCAACUUCUGGAGGGAGAUGGAGAACCCCAGCACAGAGAUUCUCACCGCCCACGCUGAUAAUGAGGAGGACCGCGCUAACAUACAGAAAGCCAAGUAUGGCAGCUCAAGUGCAGUGAACACCAUCCUUACAUUUGCUGAGAGAAAGUCACCCGAGGAAUAUGCAUGUGCCCAGGACACACAGAUCGCUCUGGCCCAGCUGUACGCCCAUGUCCAGUCCAUGCCCGAGUCAGCAAAGAAGAAGAAACUACUGAAGCAGUUCAACCGUGCGGGUAACGUGCAGAACAGCACCAAGAAGGGCAAGCACUCACGCAGCAGGACCUUUGGUGAAUCGCUCAAGAAGCACUUCCCCAUACUGACGAAGGGCAAGUCACGUGACCUGAGCAACAAGGAGAAUGAUGAUGUGCAGUGGAGCAUGACCCCCUCCGUCGCCAUUGAUGAUAGUGUCGCCAAUAUCUCCUACCUGAAGACCCCAGACAACAAAUACACACCCUUCCUGCGUCACAGUCCAGCCGUCCACAUCAUUGACAUGGGUGCCUCCCCUUGUAACGUGAAGCCCCGCAAGCGACUCAGUGACGAGUCAGUUGAAGCUGAAGUCCGUGCCGCCAAGCAGCCCCUGAGGGAUGUCCGCUACCGUCCAGCCACACCCAAGAAGGCCCUCUUCCCUAACACACCACUUACCACCAAAAGGCCCGUGGCUCUUGUAUCACCCAUCACGAAGACAGUAAACACCCUCCCUGACCUCACCAAGAAAUCCAUCAUGAAGAAAGGUUCCAGGGUUCCCUUGGUUAUCGUGGCAACACCCAGACAGAGUCUUAUUGAGAGUGUUCUGUAACCGCAACUGGACAACUCAGUGUGGGAUCGUUAUUCGAUUUGUGCUAUUUGACACUACAGGGUGUUAAAUGCCCGACAUGACUUACUAAUGUGAUAGCCGCUAAGUGUUCAGUGACCUGAAUGAAAUUACGAAAACAAUACACAGAUUGUCUGUGAUUCAUGAAGUGCAAAUUUUUAAUAUAUGUUAUAUAUAUAUAUAUAUAUAUAUAAGUGUGGAAAAAUAAGAGUGACUUAGACAUCCAUUACACUGCCUUACUGCUAAAUGUGCUUAUAAUGACUAUAUCAGGCAGGAUUAUGAGGAUUGAUGUCAGUGCUGAGUAUGUUGAGUAAGCUGUUCAAGUUGUGUUAUUGUGUUCAAUAGUUACUUACUUCAAUUGUUAAAAUCUGAGAGGACAAAACAAUGACACCCUCUUCAAAUUAAGCAUCCAUUAUUCGAGUGUAAUAAGUAUGAUGGAAACCCUAGUCAUUCCCUACAUGGUUUCUAGACAUGAGUCUAAGUACAAGUAUAUUUUUUUUCUCUCUCCCUCAUUUUUUUUAUCACUCUCUGUCUAUCUCUAUCUACCUCAUUUCACUCUUUCUUUGUCUCUCUCUCUCACUCUCUCUUUGUUAUCUUCCUCGGCCUUUCUUGAUCACUCUCGGUUAUCUUCCUCGGCUUCUCUUGAACUCUCUAUCUCUUUCCUAAUGUACCUCUCUUGUCUUCAACUCUUUUUUGUCCUUUCCUCUGUGUUUGUUCUGUACAUUGUAUGUGUUUUUGUUACUUUCUUACUGUUUAUAUUCUGUACAUAUUUCAUGAUUACAGCUCAUGCACACUAUACCUAAGCUGACUCGGAAUGCGCGUUUAAUUUGAACCAGUAUUUAACUUUGACUUUUAACUUGCAAAUUGUUAAUAUUUUGUUGUUAUAGUGCUAUAGAUAAUGUAUUUUAAAUACAUUAUUAUGGUAUAAAUGUUAAGUCUUUUGUAAAUAUGUACUAUAUAUUCUUACAUGAGAGAUAUUGACCACACUAA